AUGGCGGCGCAAGAGUCUUCAACUCCCCCACCAAAAGUUCUGUUUAUCAUUGGCCCUACUGGAGUGGGAAAGUCUCGCUUAGCUUUAGAUAUUUGCCUGAAGUUGAGGGAAGAAGGAAUAAAUGCAGAAAUCGUCAGUGCAGAUUCUAUGCAGGUGUACAAAGGAUGUGACAUAGCUACGGCAAAGGCCACAGCAGCAGAGAGGCAGGCGGUGCCUCACCACUUGUUGGAUGUCUGUACACCGCAAGAAGCAUUUUCAGCAGCAGAUUAUCUAAAAGCAGCUAAACAAACAAUACAGACACUCUCUGAGGAAGGGAAACUGCCGGUGGUGGUGGGGGGCACUCAGCUGUACAUACAGCUACUUUUAUGGCAAUCUGCGGUGGACCUGUCGUUACAGAAACAAAACACAAACCAAACAAAUGCAAAUAAAAUACGUGAAGCAUUGGAGGCAAAGACGAACGAAGAGCUGGUAGAAAUACUGAGACAAAUAGACAUCAAACGGGCGCAGCAACUCCAUCCUCAUGACAGGCGACGCAUCAUACGCAGUAUAGAAUUGACCCAGGAGUUUGGAGUUCCUCAUAGCGAGGUGAUGAAGGGAGAGAAUAAGGAUAACCUAAGGCAUGUUUUCAUUUUGGGAAUUUGGCCUCAAUAUUCUUUGUUUACGACUGAUAUUAUGUCAAUGCAAUAUGACGCAUGCAUCUUUUGGCUGGACCUGCGAGACAGAGAGGCUCUCGAGAAGAGGUUGCGGCAGAGGCUGGAGAAAAUGUGUCAAGAGGGUCUGCUGGACGAAGUGCGUUGGGUAGCGGAGCAGCUGCAGCUCCGCAGUUGGCCUCCAGAAACGACGGGUGGCCCCAGGGGACCCAUAGAAUGGCCCGACAGCCCUUCAGAGGGGGCCACCCUAGGGGAGGGGAGGCACCCCUCCCCCACAUGGAGUGACAGCUGCAACCCAGAAGCUCACGAGACUAAGAAAAGAGAAGGCUUGAGAGGGGGAGUCCUUCAAGGCAUCGGGUACAAGGAGUUCUUUCCGUUGGUGUUACCUGGAGCAAACCGCGGUGCUGUGUCUGAUGCAUCUCCUUCGGGGCAUUCCUCUGAGUUAUUUUCUGAGAGUCUGAAGGCUUGCCUGGAGUUAGUGGUGCUGCGAUCGCUGCAGUAUGCGCGCCAGCAGCGCAAGUGGAUUCGGAACAAGUUUCUGAUUCGCAGGAAGAACGUUCCCCUCUACUUCUUUGAGACGACUGAUGGGCUUCGAAUUUCGGGCCUAGAGUUGAGGGCCUGUGGUAUAGGGUUGAGGGCUUUGUCUCCAGAUUUCCUUGCCGGCAAAAGCUUUUCGGAAGACUUGGAGUUUGCGGCGGCGAAGCAAAUGCCAGAGGUGCUCAAAUUGAGGGAGAAUACUUCAGAAAAUGACGAGGAUGCGCACCAUGGCAGAGGGUGA